AUGUCUACUCUACAUAAUCCAGAUAGUAACGAUCCUAUCAAUGCAAUGCAAGAAACUUCAAAUAGCACGCCAACAAAUCCUCAACUUUCUUCUCAAGAACAAGGAUGGUCAUUCUAUUACAAGCCAUUCAAUGAUUUUCAAAUUUAUCUUAUCAAUAAUAAAGAGACAACUCUUAACGAGCUUAUAAUCAAUACCUUGUAUCCUCCUCAUAAUUAUUACAAUUACGAUAUUUUUAUAUUUUAUUUUCAGCAUCCUAAUGGUCAAAAGAUUUACAAAGUGACUUGUCAAAUGGCUUCACAUUCAACUAUAGUUCAGUAUUUAAACCUAAACAUAUAUGGAUUAAGACAGUUUCUUACUGAUAAUUUGGGAUCUAACAUCAAUGAUAUUGGACAGAGUAGCACUUCUAAUGCAGAUUUAGUCAAUAAUGACCCAUCUACUCGACAAGGCGGUGAUAGUCAAAAUGAUAAUAGAAAUAAUAUUCAAGAUAAUACUCAAUAA